UCGUGGAAGUACACUUCAAGGAAAACCCCGAGUUGUAUGUUUCUGCUCAAUGCAACGACGUUAGCGUUAUUAAAACAUUUGUGUUUGUUUGGCGGUCUCGAAGAAGGAAGCACGCGAAAUACUGCGAGAAGUAUGUUUUACCAGAGGAGACGUUAGCCGAUGAGCCAGAGGACAAAGGAAUGAAUUUACUCUGAGGAAUGAGGCUGAGGAAACCUUGCACAUAGGAGCUCCAAUCUGAAGAGAGACUUUUCAGACAGGCAGCAAUGGGAAAUUCAGAGAGCCAAUAUAGCAUCCAGGGCCCCAAAGGCACCAGCUUUGUCUUCCCUGGGAAACCGAAGCCAUGCUCACGAAAGCUCCACUCAGCCAAAGAUGAUGCUCUGUCGCCCCAUACGUGGUGGAAAAGUGCCCCGCUGGGCUCAGGGUACAAGACCAGGUGUGUUGGCCGUGGCUGUCUGUCCCCUCCCAAAAGCAGGCCGCCUUACUCCCCUAGGCACUGUGACUACGUCUCAAAGGGGACAAGGGGCAGCCCAGGUGACCGUCGCUGGCAUCGAUCGCCUCGAUGUGGUACGCGAAGGAGGCAUAUGUCGGAUGAGUACGAAGAUAACCCAUAUGGGGCUGAUCUUAAUGGGUGCACUCUGAAUGGACAAACUGACGAGCACGAGGCUUUAGAGGAACAGAGCAGCCCACGGGUGGUGAUAAAGAAGGAUGGUAGUCUCAGGGUGGAGUUCACCAACACCUCGGGCAAUCCCAUCCUCCUGGACGGGGCUUCUGGCCCCGUACAACUCCUCAAGUUCUCCCCCAACCUGGAGUCAGCCUUCACUCCCAGUCUGCCUGGCUCAAGUGGUAGUAGGCAGGACGGCCACCACAGCGACCCGCCUCCGGCCUCUACCUCCUCCACGGCCAGGACCAGUAAGGGAAGCUCACUGAGCUCUGAUGGCUCUUGGUAUGACUCUCCCUGGGGGGCCAGCACAGAGCUGUGCGAGCAGGACCAACCCUGCUCUGCCAGCAGGACAUUGGUCCACUCCCCCAUGCAUCAGCUUGACUCCUUCACUGAACAGUCUCCCCCUGUGUCCAUCACAGACCUCUAUAAGGACUCCACAAUGGCUGCCACCUUUCCUACAGCCAGUGACCUGUCCUCCCAUUUACAUCACCCUCCUCCAGGCCAGAGGCCACACAGAGCUUCUUUUGCCUCUGUCCUGGAUGUUCCACUGGAGGAAGAAUCUUCUGAGGCCUGCCAGUACUCAUCAUACACCCUGCCCUGCCGCAGGCCCAAAGCCCACACCUUGAGCGAGGAUCUGGACCAGCAUCCUGGCCAGGAGCAGAGUGGACCUGAUUUUGGCUUCAAUAAAAAAGACUCCAUCAAAAACCGUAUCCGGCGCUUCAGUGACUGGACAGGAAGCCUCAGCCGCAAGAAGAGGAAGUCUCAGGAGUCCAGGUACAAGGACCUGAGCGACGCCUUCGACAGCGGGGUUGAUGGCCUGACUGCAGACACCAGCUCCCCCUCUCAGGUCUCCAGCCUCCUCUGGUUCCCAGGAGCCUCCAGGGCCCAAUCAUCAGGGGCCAUCCACCAAACGACCAGUGACGCCCUCCGCCAGAAUAUCUAUGAGAACUUCAUGAGGGAGCUUGAGACCGGCACUGGAAAGGGAGGAGGGGGAGGCGGAGAGAGAAGAGACCCAUCCACGGGCACCGAAGAGGGGGAGAGCAGCAGCGAGUCGGCCGAGGGCUCCCUUGAGCAGCUGGAUCUGCUGUUUGAAAAGGAGCAGGGGGUGGUCCGACGGGCCGGAUGGCUUUCCUUUAAACCCCUCGUCACGCUGCACAAGGACAGGAAGCUGGAGCUGGUGAACCGCCGCAAGUGGAAGCAGUACUGGGUGACCCUGAAAGGUUGUACGUUGCUGUUCUACGAGACCUACGGUAAAGGCUCUCUGGAGCAAGAGCUGUCACCUCGCUACGCUCUCCUCGCCGAGGACGGCAUCGUCCAGGCCGUUCCAGAGCACCCUAAAAAGGAGAAUGUUUUCUGCCUCAGCAACUCGUAUGGAGACGUCUACCUCUUUCAGGCCAGCAACCAGACCGAUCUGGAGAACUGGGUGACGGCCAUUCAUUCUGCCAGCGCCUCGCUGCUGGCCAAGCGCCAGGGGAAGGAGGACACGGUGCGCCUGCUGCGGAGCCAGGUCCGUGGCCUUCUGCAAAAGAUCGACAUGGACGGGAAGAUGAAGAAGAUGGCCGAGCUGCAGCUGACGGUGGUCAGCGACCCCAAGAACCGCAAGGCUAUUGAGAACCAGAUCCAGCAGUGGGAGCAGAACCUGGAGAAGUUUAACAUGGAUCUGUUUAGGAUGCGCUGCUACCUGGCCAGUCUACAGGGUGGAGAGCUGCCUAACCCAAAGAGCCUGCUGGCAAUAGCCAGCCGUCCCACCAAAACCACCCUGGGACGUCUGGGGAUCUUCUCCGUCUCCUCCUUUCAUGCACUGAUCUGUUCCAGAGACGAGGCCACACUCAGAAGGCGCUCAUUGUCCCUGACUCACAGACGGCGUAAGAGAGGCCUUUUCUCCUCGCUCAAAGGCCUCGACAACCUUACGAAGAGGGGCCGGGAUAAGAGGCCCUCGGCUUCACAGAUCUUUGAGAGCGACGCUGGAGGUCAAACGUACGCUCUGCCUCCCAGGAGCAGUGAGAGGCUGGACAUGCUGACCAGUAUCUACUCCAUGUCGCCCCCUGAGGGCGGUGUGUGGGACAGCCUCGGCGGUGCCACAGACGUGCUGACGUGUGUCUACAUGCCAGACGGCCUGACAGUCCAAGUUCCUGUCAGAAGAGACCGGACAGCCGCUGACCUUCUCUCUGCAGCCUGCAAGCAGGUGAAACAGCUGGACGCGGGCGUGCACUGCCUCCGACUCCACAGACGAGCGGGGCUGGGUGUGGAGGUUCGAUACCUGGCUCCGGGCGAGCUCCUCCGCGAUGUGGUCAAUGAUCAGUUGGAGGUGGUCCCAGUUAAUGUGUUCGCUCUACACAUGAGACGGCCGAGCGACACCGCAGACUUCGGAUUUGCAGUAACGGGACACAUUGACAGCCAGAAAAACAGCAGGAUUUUUGUCAGCGAAGUGCUUCCCGAUGACCUGGCAUUCAACGAAGGCCUGCGUCCAGGUGACGAGAUCCUGGUGCUGAACGGCAGGUGUGUGUCGGCCCUCGACCUGACUCUGAUCCAGACGCUGUUUGCUGAGCCCACCCUGCACCUCAGCCUGAGGCGGGACGGGCCCCUGCCGCCAACGGUGACCUCCGCCCACCAGGUCCUUUCCCUCGAACACAACCAGGAACUCCGCAGCAAGCACCACCGCGCAAAGUCCUCCUCAGAUGUAUGCAGUGCAGCUGAUGGUACUGAGUCCCCGGGUGUAGCACUGGAGAGCGGUCACUCCCACUGCGCACUAAGGCCUGUUCAGCACAGCAAGAGCGUGGACACAGUGUGCACCCUCUACCAGUCCUUCCAGGAAGGGGCGGGCUCUGGUUCUGGGGGUUUGAUGGACCAUACCAAGGAACCUCCAGCGAGGCAGGGAGGGGAGUUGGGGUCGGGUCCCACGCGAGAGGCGCCCCUGCUCAAACCCUGCCCCAGGCAUAUGAGUGCCACUGAGAGGUUACGCAAGGUCAUCCAGGAGCUGGUGGACACGGAGAAGUCCUACGUCAAGGACCUGGCCUGUUUGUUCGAGAUCUACCUGAAACCCCUGCAGAAUGAAACCUUCCUCACACUGGACGAGAUGGACAGUCUGUUUGGCAGCCUGCCAGAGAUGCUGGACUUCCAGAGGGUCUUUCUACAGACUUUGGAGGAGAGGAUCGCCUCCUCGCCAGACUUCAGCACUCUGGAGACCCCCUCACAAUUCAAGAAGCUGCUGUUUUCUCUCGGGGGAUCGUUCCUCUACUACGCCGACCACUUCAAGCUCUACAGCGGCUUCUGUGCCAACCACAUCAAGGUCCAGAAGGUCCUGGAGAGAGUUAAGACAGAUCAGACCUUCAAGGAAUUCCUGGAUGCGAGGAACCCCACCAAGCAGCACUCCUCCACCCUGGAGUCCUACCUGAUUAAACCGGUGCAGAGGGUCCUCAAGUAUCCCCUGCUGCUCAGGGAGCUGGUCUCCCUCACGGACGCUGACAGCGAGGAGCACUACCACCUUACCCAGGCCCUGAAAGCCAUGGAGAAGGUGGCCAGCCACAUCAAUGAGAUGCAGAAGAUCUACGAGGAUUACGGCUGCGUGUUUGAUCAGCUAGUUGCCGAGCAGACUGGCCACGACAAAGAGGUCACAGAGAUUUCUAUGGGAGAGUUUCUCAUGCAUUCCUCGGUGGUCUGGCUCAACCCGCAUUCAUCGUUGGGCCGCAUGAGAAAGGACCCCGAAAUGACCGUGUUUGUGUUCAAGAAAGCGGUGAUAUUGGUCUACAGGGAAAACAACAAGCUGAAGAAGAAGAUGGCCAACUCUCGUUCAGCACUUUCUCACGGAGAUUCAGACCCCUUUAAGUUCCGUUGGCUCAUACCGCUUUCUUCGCUGCAGGUCAGACUGGGAAAUACUGCAGGAACAGGCACAGAAAGCAGCUGCAUCUGGGAGCUGAUUCACUGCAGGUCCGAAGUGGAAGGCAGACCAGAGACGGUCUUCCAGCUGUGCAGCAGCGUGCCAGAGAACAAGGUCAACAUUAUCAAGGUGAUCCGCUCCAUCCUCCGGGAGAACGUGAGGAGGAACGCGAGGAGCGAGGACGCGCUGGAGAGGAGCGGCAAGGAGCGACUGGUGCCCCUCCACUGCACCUUGCCCUCCUCCGUCAAGCUAGGUUCUACCAGAGCUUCCUGGUUGUGCAAACAGCCACUUGGAGAUCUCUCCGCCCAGGCCGGGAACCCCAAGCCGGGGCCGGACUCUGACGAGGGGAGCUUGAGCAGCGGGACCUACAGUUCGUCUGGGGCUCCUCCGGCGUGCACCUCCUCCGAGGCGCAUAUCCUCCCUGUCCAGCAGAGCUGGUCUCGGACGCCCGGGUCAAACUCGCAACCCCGCUCCGCCGCGAAGGAGUCCGAUAUUUUAAGUGACGAGGAUGAUGACGGUUUCAGCGAAGGGGGCACCAGGAGGAGCAGCGGAGACAGCAGUUCCCCGACGAGCGCUAUCGACGCUCAGUUCCUCCAACUUAAACUGUCCGAGGAUGCGGCGCCGGCCCCUUGUGUUCAGCCCGAGAGAGUGGGGGACACUCCAGAGACCCAACCCAGACUGAUGCGCGGACAAUUCGGUGCGGUUAAGAGGAAAAGCAGCAGUUUCAGGAAGAGCCAGGGCACACUGUUGAACAUGAAGGCGCACAGCAGGUCACUGGACAGCCAGACGGACGCAGCCGCUCCGUCGUCGUCGUCGGGGGUCGUGGACCUCAACUCGCUGCUGGAGAGAGAGUUCAGCGUCCACAGUCUGACUUCUGUCGUGAACGAAGACUGUUUCUAUGAACCAGCUGAGGGCUGUGCCACAGAUGCUGGAAAUGCCACCUCCUCAUAGGGGACGGAGCAGAACUACACUGUACCAGGGGCCACACGGUAACGGUGAUACAGUUAAGACCCUAACUCAAGCCCAUGUGUCAUAAGAGGGGAAACCGGGCGUUUUAGUGAGCGACACACCUGCCUGCUUAAAGUUAGGUGUAGAUGAUAGAGAGGCGAUUUCUGUGUCAAUGAUAAAAAAAUACGAUGAAUCCGCCAGGUACUGAUGCGUCAAAGCGAUUUCCCCUCUGCUCUCUGAGCUUUUCCUCCUCCCAACAAACUGUAUUGAUGUAUUCCAUCCUAUUUUCCCCUGCAGCUCAAGCCGAUCGGCAGUUUUUAUUAGAUUUUUUUCCCAGUCCCUCAAGUUAAUAGUCCACCUUGCAUAUAGAGGCCAUGUGGAGAUACUGAGGAUUCUGGAGGAAGCCCCACUGGUGCCGAGGCCCAGUUUGCCAGGCAGGAGGCUUUCACACAGAGGUCAUGGGUCACAGAGCCAAACACUGUCAGGUCCCCUCUCAUUAUACGUUGCAAAGAAUGAAAUGAAAAGAGCCACUGAGUGAGGCCCAUUACAUGAUGAUAACGUGGCGGUCAUGUCAGACUUCCUGAAGAUGAUGUUCCCUAAACAAACAGGAAGGACUCCAACUUUCACAACCAAGCUUUCUUUGCUGUAUUUUGUGCACUAAAGUACAAUAUUUGCAGAUAUAUUUGAACUAUUUUCUAUCUGUACAGGUUGUAAUGUAAUUAAUGCUGUUUUUUUAAUUUAUUAAUAAGUUUGACUAUGUACAAUGUAACUUGGCAAACUUACUUUUUGAGUGCAGGCUUGAACUGUUGACUAAAGAUUUGAUCCAUUAGUAAAUACAAAAGAUGCAAUACCGCUUGACUUUUACUGCAUUUUAAAUGUUGCCUCCUGGAUUUUUUAAAUUGCAAUUUCUAGCAUAUGCUUGGGAAUGUACAAGUGUUUUGAGGUCUGGCUGCUUAAUGAUUUAAACUGCAAGAAUGUUUAAAAACCCAAUGUUUCCUUUUAUGUUUGCCCUGUAUAUAUCAUCUUUUCUAUCUUUUGAAACAGUUAUAUAUUCUCUCAUACAUACUUGACACUGUACAGGUAAGACAAAAGGCAGAAAUUGGCAAUAAAUGCAGCUGAUAUUUUUGUAAAACUCUUUUGUUUGCCAUCUCCUAAAGUACCCGUCGAGGUACUAUAAAGAAGAUAAACUAAUGACACAUUCUUUACCUUCUCAACUCUACCAUGCCUUUAAAUGCUAGCAUACCAAUGAAUGUGAAUGCCCCAUUCUUAUGGAAUUGUUUUAUAAAUAAAUAUUUUAUCUGUG